GAAGAAGGGCGGUGCGAGCGCGUCUGUCCCAUUGGCUGGCGCGGGGCCUCCCGAGCGAAGGAAGGAACGCUGCUCGCGCUCCGAGAGAGCGGGGUGGCGGAGGAGGGCAGAGCCUCUGCCGGGACGAGCCUGGCUACGGGCGCGCACACCGCGAGGGAGUAGCAGGCAGCUGAACGCAGCCGGCCUGCUCCGCCGUCGUCGCUCGCCCGCCGACGCGCUUCUCUCCAGGAACCACGCCAACUGCAGCAGCGGCAGCAGGACCCGGCGCCGCCGCUAUUAGCAGCGUCGCCGCAGCCACGCCGGGACCGAGUCGCCGACGCCGCCGACGCAGCCGCCUGCCGUGGGACGCCCGGCCCAGGGCUAAGCCUAACCCCGGGUCCCCCCCACACCGGCCGCUGCUGCACGAGCGAGCGAUGGAAAAGCGCCAGCACAACACAAGGCACGCCGCGAGGCAAGCACGAAACAGCGGCAGAGCCGGUAGCAACGCCACCAACGCGACCAGCGGAGCAUCGUCGGCGACCGCUGAGAGGAUGACGAUCACUGCAACGACGACCUCGCCGAACUCCAAGGCGGCGAAUUCGGCGCCGAGCCCACCGCCGGGGUCAGCGAGCCACCAACACCAACGAGAACAGACCGCGGUGCCGACGUCGUCCUCCUCGCGGUACCGGCAACACCAGCAGUCGGCGAAGCAGAGCGACUCCUCCGACGAAGACGACGACGACGAGGAAAUGGAGGAUGAUUCGGCGUCGCCGGCGCUAGCGACACCGACAUCGCCGCCGUCGACGCCUGUGACACCUACGGCGGCCGCGGGAAGCGCCUUGUCUGCUGCGUCCGCCACGACGGUGUCGUCUGCUAGCCCGGAACAGAUGUACGAGGGCUUCCAGACUUGGGCCCUGCGCACCUACGGCGACAGCGCCAAGACGAAGACGGUGACCCGCAAGAAGUACCAGCGCAUUCUCAAGAUACUUAAGGGCGAAGAACAGACCAGCGCCGAGAAUUCCAAGUUCCGCUUCUGGGUCAAGGCCAAGGGCUUCAAGAUGGGCCUGCCUCCGGGACAUCCCCAGCAGAGCGUCCACAAGGCGGCGCUCGCCGCCGCUGCCGCCAAGACGCCCCCCGAGCAACUGUUAUUUGUGCCAUGCAGCAAGGUGAAGAAGGGCGGCGAUGGCGAGACGACGGUGUACAAACGAGUCGCGGUGGUGGAGAACUUCUUCGAGAUCAUCUACGGCGUCCACGUCGAGAUGGACGGCCGAGGGGGAAAGCACGCCGGACAGAAGAGGACCUACAAGGCGAUCGCGGAGCUCUACGCCUUCCUGCCCCGCGAAGCGGUCACGCACUUCCUGAUGUCCUGCUCCGACUGCCAGAAGAGGAUGCACCUCACCAACGGUGCGCUGAGCGCCAUCGCGCCCGUCACAGCUGCAGCGAACGCCGACUCUCCCGCCCUCAGCAGCGGCGUCGCAACGCCCGCGGCGCCGCCUCCGACGACGACAGCUGAGACGGCGUCCUCCGGUUACCAGAGCAACGGCGCAGCCAACGGCAACAGCGCCGGCGGCGCCAGCUGUCGAACCGGAAGCGGCAGCCCGUGCCGUGACGUCACUUCUGUGAGCGCCGGUGGCGCCACUGCUUCGCCGGCGAGUUCCGCGUCAUCGUCGCCAGGGGGCGCCGCCGGCAGCGACGCCAGCGCCGCCGCGGCGCGCGCGGUAGGCGCGCGAAUCGCGUCCGUGACGGCGGCCGAUCUCGACUUCAGCGUCCCCAUCACGACGGCCUACUUGAAACACAUGAGGAGUCUCGGUCUCUCCGACGAGGAUGCCUUCAACCCGCGGGAGGACUCAACGCUGGGCAGCGACGAGCUGAGCGACGAUGAGGCGACGCCCAACUACGACGACGACGACGGAGAGGCGAGUCCCGACGCGGGCGUGGUAGACUCCAAGGAUACGUCGGUCGCGGCAGGAGGAGCAGACGCGCACAUGGCGGACGCCGCCUCGGCGACGUCGCCCCGAUCGGAGGACCUGGGCUCGGCGAAAGGCGGGUCGCCCUCCUCGGCGGCCAGCCGGCGUCCCUACCCGGAGGCCAGUCGCGGCGCCGACGAGGCCAUGGACACGCAGCAGCCCCUGAACAUGACCGCCAAGCCGGCGACGUCGCUGCCGGGCGGGUCCGGCGGGUUCGCCGGCAGCGGAACGUCGACGGCGGGCGAGCACGGCUUCGCUGACCGAGGACAGAGUCCUCCGGCUGCCGAACCGGAUGACCUGUCGGCCGGCACCAAGGACGAGGACGAGGAGGACGACGACGAUGAGCAGGACAAGCUCGACAUCAGCUCCUAUGACCCCGAGCGCCUCAAGGCUUUCAACAUGUUCGUGCGUCUGUUCGUGGACGAGAACCUGGACCGCAUGGUACCCAUCUCCCGGCAGCCCAAGGAGAAGAUCCAGGCCAUCAUCGACUCUUGCAGCCGGCAGUUUCCAGAGUUCGCCGAGCGCGCCCGCAAGCGCAUUCGCACCUACCUCAAGUCCUGCCGCCGAACCAAGCGCACCCGCGACCUCAAUGGGUGGGACGUGAGUGGUCGCACGGCAGUUCCUCACCUCACGUCCCCGCUUGCCGAGCAGAUCCUGGCGUCAGCGUGCGAGAACGAAACCAACAACGCCAAGAGGAUGAGGCUCGGUCUCCAGCCGUUACCGAUGGAACUGGACAUCCCGGGCCGUUCCACGGCUCCCGGCUACCACGUGACCGUCGGCGUGGGCGGAUCCGGCGGUGCCGGUGCUGUGUUGACGGGCGUGCCGGCGUCUCUGUCGGCCAACAGCAGCGCCACCUCAAUGACCAACAACGUGAGCAGCCAGCUCAUCAGCCGGUUGACGGCGCCUAUCGUCACGAGCAACGCUUCGACGAACGGUCUCCUCGCCACGAGCUCCCCAGUGGCCCUGUCUUCGGUCACCGCCGGGUCCACCCUGACCGCGAGCAGCGCCGUCAACACGUCCGGCGUCGACGUGACCGCCGUCUGCCCCUUCCACAUGCACCACCACCAUCCGCAGCAAUUCCACCAGCACUUCACGACGGCCUCGGCGAACCCUUCCGUUUCGUCGAACGGCAUCCUCAACUCUCCCGGCACGGUGACGUCGUCGUCUUCGUCGUCCUCGCCGGUGAACAGCUUCAUGAACGGGAUCACCGGAGCGGCGAGCCCGCACACCCCUCACACCCACCACCACCACAAGUGCUUCAACAACGUCUCGGCCACCAACGGCGUCGGGCUGACGGCGGCGGUGACGGCGGCGACCGCCGUCGCCAACGGUCACCACUACCACGUGCACCACAGGCACGCCGGCAGCCUGGGAGGCACCAGCGUCUCGUCUUCGUCGUGCAACAACAGCAACAACGGCCCGACCGACCUGAGCGUCAAGAAGUGCGUCGGCAACGGCGUGGACAGGCCGGCCAUGGCGUUGAAGUAUUCGCUCAACCCGACCGAGGUGAACGCCGUGAAGCAGCUCAUCGCGGGCUACCGGGAGUCGGCGGCCUUCCUGCUGCGAUCCGCCGACGAACUGGAACAGCUGCUUCUCCAGCAGAACUAGAACGCGGGGCCAGAGCAACGAGACACGCGACAUCGCCACAGAGAUACCACCAAACUGCCGGCGGUUGCCAGGACGACAUCUUUGUGUACAAACGACCCGACGGAGGCGUUUUUUGCCAGGCUGUUUCGGGGACGUUACUCGACUCGUCUUCGCCAACUCGCAGUUUGCGAACAGCUGCCGUGGGACGCAGGUCCCCGACGUUGGGGACGGUUUGGCAGUCGAUAAGAGGAUCGGUGGUGCGGUCUGUUUUAGGUUACCGAGCGCGCCGUGUUAAGUGUAAGGGCCACUAUAGUUACCGCGGUGCUCAGGUACGGUGACGUUCCCACUGCGUAGCGUUUCACCGACUCGACAGUUUUAUUUGCUGACUAUUCUCCGCUAUCGUCGCUGUUGUUUAGGACGCAACGACCGGUUAGUCGUUUUAUUGUUGUUGUCAUUGUUUGAUUUAUUGGGUGCAGUAUUGCGGAUACAUUCCAGCCGUUGUCUUUCUUUAAUUCUGCGUUUAGAAGUUAUUGAGCUCCCCGUGCUGCAGUGUGGGCCAAGUUUGGAGCCUGCAUUUUCACAUUUGUUAACUUGUUUCACUAAGCGUUUAAAUGUACGAGGCGUACCUUGUACCUUGAUUGCUUUGUUCCGUUUUAGUUUCUGUGGCAUUAAGGCAUGGAUACGUUGCGGUGAUAUCGACCAAGCAGUGCAGGGAAUUUGCUCUAGUACUGAACGCCAUCCGAGUUAGAGCGCGGUUCAAGCCCAGGGCCCGGCGUGGGUUCAUAUCAUUUAAUCGCCUCCCGAGACCAUAGCAACACAGCGCACCGUCUUGAAGAGCUAUUGUGAUGCCAUCAGCUCGGCUGACAACAUGUACAGAUAACCCUGCGACCAGGCUUUGUAAAGAAAAUUGUAAGCACUGCCUUCAUUGUCCAUAUCCAGAGAUAACGUGUGUCGGCAUCAACGUCACUGACAGCUAGACGGCGCUGGGGCCGCAGCUUUGUACUCGUAGCAGUCUUAUAACAACGCAUCAGGGUGGUAUAGGAUUUGACGAGAUAGAAGCAAGUCAUAUCUCACUCAGCAUAUCUUGAGGCAUCUAGUCAAAACGAUCCUCUCUUGUAUACUCUGUACAGUUCGAGGUGUCUUUACCGCCCUCCUAUUUUGUCAACAUAUCUAUCGGCGAGCUCGAGUGAGUUUGGAAGCUGGACGGAAGGUUGGAGGCCGGAUCCGCUGCGGUGUGCUGCUACUGUGGCUCUCACAUUUGUUCAUACUCUCUGGUCGAUAGCGGCUCCAGUACUGACGGUCGACGCAAAGUUUGAUACGAAGUUAGCUGAAGGUAUACAUUCAGAUAUGGGUGUCGGUUGGCGAAUGAAGUGCUGGAAGAUUUUUUUAUAAUGCACCGAUACUCUUAUUCCGAUAGGCUACCGCGUGGACCUGGUACUCUUAUGGGACCGCUGCGCAAGCGUCAGCAGCCAACCGUGUAGUUUCCCAGUUUAUUCAUUCGUGCUUUUUACUGGGCACCUUACCAGAAUCCCUUUAACAGGUCUGUAUGAAACGAAAUUUUGAAAACUUUCCCAGGAAAGGUAUACUGUCUGUAAUGUUUGCUAUCGACCAUUACAUUUAACGGUGCUUCGCUGGAAGCGUAGGAGUCGUGGAGACCGCUUGCUUCGAAAAACAUCGAGCCCCAAAGCGUAAUCACGUUACAUGCGCACAGCGUUUGUGUGACUGAAUGAGUGAGAGAAGACGAAGCAGGGUUUGCGAUUCGCUGCGAUACCAGCAUUGGCACGGGCCACUAAAGCGUUCGCAGACGAUCUCGGUAUUUCCCCAACAUCCCCCAUUGCACCAGGUUCCUCUAGCAGCCAACUUCCUGUACAGCUUCUUUACUCUCACGACGGCUCUCCCGUGUAAUGUUUACGAGAAACUUCCACCUUUAUAGCGAAAGCAUGUGUUAAGCAGAAAGAGGAGCCUUAUUAGAGACAGCACUGUCAGAAGAUUCGCAUGUGCGCGUCCGGUGAGCUGUGACGUCUUAUCGCCGCGGCAUCGUGUCUAUCACGAGCAUUGCAUUUCACGUGCAGCGGUACAUUCCGCCGCCUCGUCCUUCAAGCGUGUGAAGCGACGAGAGCUCGUUUUCUGUUUGAAAUGCACGCGAACCUUUCUUUUGGGGAGGGGGUGUGAUAUCCUAAUUUCGAAAGGCCCGACGCCGGAUCAUAUCUGUUCACUGUAAUUGGUGUCGUGAUGAUGGACAGCUGUGCAUGCACUUGUACUUUGAACUACCACUCGUGGCACUCACACUGUAUGUGACCCUCGAGUGCUGUUGAUCGGCCCCAGUGUGAGUUUUGAUUGAUAUCUGGCUUCAGGUGUACUCGUGGGGCGGGCGAGGCCCCACCGAUUUGCAGCACUGGGGUGAUCUACACUCAAGCGAGUGGAAACGAUUUUUUCAUUCCUUCUUUGUUGAUAGUCAUAUCACAACGCGGCAGACGCCGAACAUGUUCGUUUAAACAUUCCCUUUUAAGCUGUCUGGAGAACAGAUGCCUAUUUACUGGUGUUUUAACGUUUAUCAUAUCACGUAUGUUUUCAGUGGGAUUUUUUUUUAUCAAGGUUGUGUUCAAGCACCAGGUCAGUGCUGCUUGGCUAUUUUGGUGCCUCUUGUCACUUGGAUGUCAUUUUUUUUAUUGGUGGAUACAAUUGAACCUAGUCACUUCGUUUUGUAUUCCAUUUACUCACAGACAUUCCAUAAAGCAGCGCGUUAGUUGCUGACUGAAAGUACAAAGCCAAUGAUCUCUGGUUAGGAGGUUUCAUAAAAAGUACGAAAAAUUUUCUUCGGAUAAUAUUGUCGUUUUCUUGAGCAAGUGCAUUAGGCGUAUUUGAUAGUGGACUUAGUCUCUCUGGAGCGGAACACCGAUACACUGAUACGUAUCGUUUCAUAAUACACCAAAACGCUUAAGAAACACGAUUACGACUUACGGGGAAGAAUUGGCUCUUGCUGUGUAUAUGUAACGCUUAAAAUAUAAGUUGCAUUUAGCGGUGAGUUGCUAUUACACGCGCUGCCCUCCGCUUAAGAGACGCACAUUUCAGGCUUGCUGUAAGCGAUAUGAAAGGUUUCAUGGAAGCUGCAUUUUCUUCCUAUUGAUAAUUUGAAACCGACGGUCGAGCGUUUCUGGUAGCUUUCCGUCUCAAAGAACCUAUUACAAUUGCAGUUUAGUCUGCUCAAAAUGAUCAAGAAGUAUGUUUCAUCAGCACACUUCUGACUAACUUCAGUGGCUGAGUUUUUAUUGGGAAUGCGUGGAAACCAGAUGCAAGGCACUUGUUUUCUUUAAUGCAUGUAUGGAACAGCCUGAAUCGAUGUCGGCGAUUGACAAGCACAGCCUUUGCUACAAAGGCGCCGAGCAGUUCCAGUUGUCUUGCAAGCUCUUCUAAAAGCUCGGACAGCAAUGUCAAAACUCUCAGUAGCUUUCGGUUUCCUCAGGGUUACCUUAUCUGCUCUUCUAAGUCAUAUCAAACAGAUGAAGCGUAUGAUGAUGUCAUAGUGCGCCAUCUAUCAUAUCAAAUGGCCCUUUGUAACGCUUGGUAGGCGGGCCCUAGUUUUGGAGCAGUCCUCAGGUUCAUUGCUUCACAUAUCACACUCCAAGUUAUUUACCGACAAAACAACUGUUUGCUCAUGAGCUUUAACUUUUUGGUGCGGAACCUAGUCGAUGGCGUGAGCCUAGUCAAAUCUACCAAAGAAUGCGGGAAGAAAAUGGGGGAAUAAAGCAUAUCAUAUUACCCGAGUUAAGCGACCUCGCAACUCUCAGUGGCGUUAGUUAAAGACACAACGGAACGAGCAGCACUCCACUGGUAUCUUUCAGUGCCACGUGACAUGACGUCAUGGAACGUCUCUCUCAGAAUGACGUCAGGUUGAAUGAUUUCCUUCAGUUCCUAAGAGAUAAUUUCAGCGAUUGCUUACUUUCAUCUUCUCAUUUUCUUGUUUUUCAAAGCAUGGUGCCCGAGAUCCGCGCACUGUCCGAUCUUCGAGGCUAUGUUCAAAGCUUGGAGUUUCCUGCUAAACUUUACUACAGGUAACCCUUGCGCUGCGAUUGUUCAGCUGCCAUAGGAAUGAUGGGCGGGGUUAUUUGAUAACGGUUCGGAAAUCGAACCACUCGCUUGCCGUCUCACGAUUGGUCAGAAUCGCGUUUUCGAUGACGAAAGCUCGAUUCUCGCCAGUCGCGCGAGGGCACGGGAACGUUUCGCUUUCCGAACGCUUAUGAGAUCACGCCCCCAGUCGUACACGCGGAUCUGGCCGAUCUUCGUAUCUCUAGCUUCAGACUUUCUCUUGGCGUAAGUUAUUACACUUUAUCUUUCUAAACAUUCAAGCACGGACAGUUAUCUAAACGCUACGAAAUGUUUAUAACUAAUCAUUUAAUUGAAGAUGACCAAUUUUAUCGCUGCAUUGCUGCUUGAAGCUAUAAAUGCGCUCUUUAGCGAAAUGAAUGUACUGCCCGUCAUUCCCAUGUAAAAUGAAUCGCAGUCGCUGCUUCCGUUGAAGCGUCAGAGGUUCCUGUCGUAAUUUUUCUAUCAAACUCUAUGCUUCAAAGGGAAUCCGUGACUUUGUAACGCGUGGAGAUUACUCCGGACCCAAUCCUGGUGCUCGGGCUUUUUUUUUUUUGUUUUUUAAACACGGAAAGCGAGGCAUUGUGAUGUGUGUAUGUGUGCGUGUGUGUGCGUGUUCAAGUGGCGGGGCCGGUAGUGUGCAAUUGUCGCCAGCAGGACCAAUUAUUAUCGCUCCGAGAGCGCUUCUAUCCGAGCUUCCUGCUCCGCCGCGCUCCCUGUGACAUGAAGAAGCAUUUAGCAAUUCUGUAUUUUGUCUCGGCAGUUCGCCUUGACCACGCCGUCAUAUCUUUAUUUUUCGUUCUGCUUGUCAUUCGCUUACGCUAUGCGCCGGCUGCAAGUCUUUUUUUAGUAACUGUCGCGAAAUUCACACGCUCGAAAAAGAAAUGAAAAAUAAAAACGAGUGUUGAGGGUUUCUGCAGAUCCCCUAGACGCACCUUUAUCUUAUGUUCAUAUGUAGACACUGUGUUAAGCCUACUGUAGCGGGGGGUACAGACCUGAAUGUAAUAUUUUAAGUUCCUUCUGCAUUGCCUCAUAGUAGAAUUAUUCGACAUUGUGACCUGUUUCUCAGUGCAAAAAAAUCUUAUGUCCCGUGCAAACGAAUCUGCGCACCAAGACUAAACAAUCUGUGAUCGCUCGUGGUGAAGCCUUUAAAAACGAAAAGCAAAGCGCUGCUGUGUGUCAACAACACGACGUGUCAGAUUUUACUGGAGAAUAAACGCGUGGUAAGAUUUACAAUGUUGUUCUAAUAUUUCGCGCACAUAUUGUACCAAAAGCAACAGUGGUGCAGAAUUCCUACGGAGCACAUUUAGCACGAAACAUGCGACCCGUAGAAGGGCUCCCUAAAUUUAUACAAGGUUCAAUCUGACAAUGAAACCAAUUGUGCAUUCCGGUAAGCACGGUGAUUGCCAAAUUUUAAAGCUUCAUAAAGCCGGCAGGUUUACUGUAGCAGCUUCAGUACGUGGUACAAAGUUGUGACCACGUGGGCAGCUUUGCGUAGUUUUGAAAGUAAACUGGCUGUGUUCUAACGUUCGCCAGUUUAUAAGCGCGUUUGCUGGAAAGAAAGGAAAACUUCACUUAAAGCCGCUUAUGCGGCGUCUAUAAGGUACAAUAAUACUUCGACCACGCAGUCACCGGCUGCUUAUACUACGUACACUGCAUUUAUUGUGGCCGUGCUCUUUGUGAAAUGCAAAAAUUGGUGUCGAUCGUGCAAGUAUAGUGGCUCAUUACCAACCUCAUUCCUAUUUUUCUUGUUUAUCCGGAAUCUCUAGUCUUGUGAGGCUAUAAUGCACAACCUCGGGGCCCACAUACUGCAGUGCUUAUGUUAUUGUUCUCUGCAGUUUCUUAGAACCCAACACAUUUCUUCCCCUUCUUCUGCUCGCUGGUGUUUUCUAGUCGGUGCAAUGAUAACUGUUGUUUACGUCUAGGAGGUUACUAAAGUUGCAACGUCGUAUGCCACGACUUCUUUCAAGGGACAAACUUUCGUUAUGCCCCGCAACACGAAUUAAUAAAUUAAUAAAGGGAAAAUUAGACAUCCACCAAAUCGCAGCAGUUGCUACAAAGGAAACCCAUACGAAACCCAACCAGCUAUUACGCCAAAAUUUAGAGAUGUUCAGUCUGUCCGUAAACGCGUUACAGUUUAUAGAAUGCCGGAACAUCAGUGACGCAGACGGGCACAGAAAUCCUAGUGGCGCCGCGCUUUGGAGCUGGCGUCAGCUAGAGCACGCAGAACUAUAGUUCCUCCUAUCUGCCGUUGCAAAGGCAUCGCCAGCAACAAUAAUUAGCUUGUAGCCAUUUUUUUUUAUUUUUUAUUUUCCUUUCUGGCAUAAAAACGACGGAACAUAAAAAUAGUUAUAACUUGUUAGGGUUCAAGAAAGCGUCACAGGAUGGCGUUGCUGUCCCCAUUGACGAAACCUUGGUAGGACAUUAGGCAGUAUAAUAGCAAGAGCUUGGUGGCGCAAGCCACCACCCCGUUCCAAAGGGGACGCUCAUAACAUCCAUCCAUCCACGUCUUUGUUGAUCCGGCAGAGCAUAAACGGCAAUGUAUUUACGACAGACGAACUACUAACAAGCCAAACAAGUGCGCCGGAAGUGAAAAUUUCGGUAACCGACAUUUUGGUUACACCGGAAGGGCGGUCGGCGUAAAAAAAAAAAUGCGAUCCAUUAAAAUAGCCUAUCUGCUGUCUUUUUCAAUGCAACAGCAUUAAAAACUUGCAGCCGUGUGCUCAUGCGCGUGGUUACGUCCGGCUUUUCAGAAAGCGCUCCGUGGGGCGCUUGCACUGACGGCUGUGAUAAGUUUGAUUUCGUUGAGCGUUACCACGCACGCGUGCACGUCGUCGCUGUGUGGACACAGCCUCGUCGUGCUUAACUUAUUGUGCUUCGUUGUUUUACCCUGCCACGAGUCGGUAUGUUGCUCGUUCCUAUGUAAUGUUUGUUCAUUUCACCUGACGCGAAUUGAUUACCUGAUGCCGAGUGAAAGAAAUGUUUUGAACUUUUGUUUUGCUCCUUGAGUUCUAACAUAUCAUGAAUCAGUGUCAAAACGAGUCAAGUGGACGAUAUAUGUAAAUACACAGAGGUAUAUUAUGGACCCGGUGUGUUCUUGAAAUACAUUUUUUAUGCUCUGUC